AUGCCGGGAUCCACGGCGCAAACCAACAAAUUCCACACAUUCUAUCUGCAGCAGAGGCCUGAUAAUGGUUUUACUUGGGCGGACAUUAAGGUUAAUCAUCCUCUGGAUUACGAGACCGUUAAGGAGUAUAAUCUGACGGUUCGUGUUGAGAAUAAUGGAGCCCAACAACUGGCUUCUGAAGCAACUGUGUAUAUCCAACUCGAAGACGUAAACGAUGAAAUUCCGCUGUUCACCGAAAGAGAACAGGAAACGGUACUGGAAGGGGAGCCGAUUGGAACCAAAGUUACUCAAGUCAAUGCCAUCGAUAAGGACGGAACUUUUCCCAACAACCAGGUGUACUACUUCAUCGUGGAUUCUCCGCGUAACGAAGGCAAAGACUUCUUUGAAAUCAACAAAGAAACAGGUGAAGUGUUUACCAAAGUUGUGUUCGACAGAGAAAAGCAAGGAGCCUACGCCUUGGAAAUUGAAGCUAGAGAUGGAGCACCGUCAGCCAGGCCGAACAGCGACAACGAACCCAAUUCAGGUGAGUACUUUAUACACCUAAAAGUCAAAUUUUUAUAG